UAGUCCAAGACAAUUCGCAUCGCAUGGGGGCAGAGCUCCUGCGACCUUUAUGCCUUCGAUGCAAUUCUUGGCGUCUCUCCGAAUUCUAAGGCUCCAUGGAUUUCUCCACAAAUUUUCCUUUCCACAACGAUUAUCAGUUUCUGCCUCAGCGGGAUUUUUCUCCUCAUCUCAUUUCGAUUCCAUCUCUUCGCCGCACCGUGAUUCUUCUUCUUCUUCAUUGCAGUCUCCUGUGCAAACGAUUUGUUCAUUGGUCAUCGAGUCUUAUUUUCGCCAACCCCAUCUGAGAUUCUCUCCUUUUAAGCUGAAUCUUGAUGUGGAUGCUGAUUUUUUGACUCACGAGCAAGCCAUUUCAGUCGUUGCUUCACUUGCUAGCGAGGAGGGUUCAAUGAUGGCGUUGAGUUUCUUUUACUGGGCAAUCAGAUUCCCUAAAUUCCGCUAUUUCAUGCGGCUUUACAUAGUUUGUACGAUGUUAUUGGUUGAGAAAUGUAAACAGGAGCGAGCCGAUGAAGUGGUGGAGUGUAUGAUAGGGGUUUUUGCAGAAAUUGGGAAGUUGAAGGAGGCUGUGGAUAUGAUCAUUGACAUGAGAAAUCAGGGGCUUGUGUUGACCACCAGAGUAAUGAAUCGUAUAAUCAUGGUGGCUGCUGAAAUGGGGCUGCUCGAAUAUGCAGGCAACAUGUUCGACGAAAUGUCUGCAAGAGGUAUGGCUCCUAAUUCUUGCACUUACAAGUCUAUAAUUGUUGGUUACUGUAGAUAUGGCAAUGUUUUGGACGUAGAUAGGUGGAUAAAUGAGAUGAUGGAGAGAGGUUUUGUUGUUGAUAAUGCCACAUUGACUUUGAUUAUUAAUGCUUUUUGUAAAAAGGGCUUUGUAAGCAGAGCAUUUUGGUUGUUUCAUAAGGUUAAAAAGAUGGGUUUAUCACCAAAUUUGAUAAACUAUUCAUCUAUGAUUAGUGGGUUAUGCAAGAGGGGUAGUGUUAAGCAAGCAUUUGAAUUAUUGGAAGAAAUGGUUAGAAAUGGCUGGAAACCCAAUGUGUAUACCCACACAUCAUUAAUCGAUGGGCUUUGCAAGAAAGGGUGGACUGAUAGAGCUUUUAGACUGUUUCUUAAGCUUGUUAGAAGUGAUAUUUACAAGCCAAAUGUGUACACUUACACAGCCAUGAUAAGUGGGUAUUGCAAAGAGGAGAAAUUGAAUAGAGCUGAAAUGUUGUUUGAAAGAAUGAAGGAACAAGGAAUGGUUCCAAACACCAACACUUACACUACUCUCAUUGAUGGACAUUGUAAGGCAGGGAAUUUCAGUAGAGCCUAUGAAUUAAUGGAGUUUAUGUGUAAUGAAGGUUUCUUCCCUAAUAUAUGUACUUACAAUGCAAUGGUUGAUGGUCUCUGUAAAAAAGGGAGAGUCGAAGAGGCUUUCAAAUUGCUAAAUAAAGGGUGUCGGAAUCGAGUUGAAGCCGACGCUGUCACAUACAACAUUCUAAUAUCUGAACAGUGUAAACAUGCCGAUUUGAAUCGAGCCCUUAUGUUUUUAACUAAGAUGCUUAAAGUUGGUUUCCAGCCUGAUGUCCAUUUGUAUACCACUUUGAUUUCUGCCUUCUGCAGGCAGAAAAUGAUGAACGAUAGCGAAAAGUUGUUCGACGAAGUCGUUAAGCUUGGGUUCGUUCCGACAAAGGAAACUUACACAUCCAUGAUAUGUGGCUAUUGUAGGGAAAGAAAAAUUGGCUUAGCAGUCAAGUUUUUCCAGCGGAUGAGUGACCAUGGUUGUGCACCAGAUAGCAUUAGUUAUGGUGCUUUAAUCAGUGGUCUUUGCAAAGAGUCGAGGUUGGAUGAGGCUCGACGAUUAUAUGAUGUCAUGAUAGACAAUGGGCUGACUCCGUGCGAGGUUACUCGGGUGACCUUAGCUUAUGAGUAUUGCAAAACAGAAGAGUUCGCUUCAGCCAUGGUUAUCUUGGAACGGCUCGACAAGAAGCUUUGGAUACACACGGUCCAUACUCUAAUACGCAAGCUUUGUAGCGAGAAGAAAGUCGGCAUGGCAGCUCUUUUCUUUCAUAAGUUACUUGAUAAGGAAGUCAAUGUCGAUCGAGUGAGUUUGGCUGCAUUCAUGACUGCUUGUUGUGAGAGCAACAAAUAUGCUCUUGUUUCUGAUUUGACGGAGAGAAUAUCAAAAGGUAUUGGCUAACCAACUUCUGAACACUUGAAUGAUACAUGAUUUUGUUGGACUUAGAAUCUCUUGAUUUGAUUUCUUUUAUCAUAUC